UUUCAGUCGGUCCUAAAUAUUUUGUCUUGUAAAACGUUUUAACAAUAAAAAUGGAAAAUAUUCCUCGUACGCAUGAGGAUAUUGAGGCUCAAAUUGCCGAUAUACAAUCGAAAAAGAAGGAAGUACAAAAGAGUGCAAGUGAAGGUGUGGGACUAUUGGAUAGUGGCAACUUUUAUGAUACUGAUUUUUAUGAUGAAGGUGCAAAAAGUAAAAGUCGCUAUGAAGGUUAUCACACUUCAAUUGCGGCCAAUGAAGAAGCUGACGAGGAUGAAGAUGAGGGUAUACCAGUAACACAAAAGCGCACAACAUACACUGCACCGAAAUCAGUUUUGAAUGAAGUUACUCAGGGUAAGGAAGAUGUUGAUCCUCUUGCUGACCGUAGACGUCCGACUAUAGCCGAUCGUGAGGAUGAAUAUAAACAAAAACGUCGCCGUGUUAUUAUUUCACCUGAACGUGCGGAUCCCUUUGCUGAGGGUGGCAAAACACCGGAUGUCGGUUCCCGUACAUACACGGACAUUAUGAGGGAACAAAUGUUAAAGGGAGAAGAAAGUGAGCUAAGGCGUAAAAUUAUUGAGAAAUCUAAGGAUGGUACCUUAUUGAAAACUGUACCAGAUCCACCAAAAGAAGGUGGCCGUAAACGUGGCAGAUGGGAUCAAACUGUAAGUGACAGUUUUGUACCCGCAAAAGUAGCAGCCACUCCAAGUAGUGCCGCCACUCCCACAUGGGAGGAGAAAACUCCCGCAGAUCAUCGUUGGGAUGAAACUCCGGCACAUAAAACGGGGGCAGAAACUCCUGGAGCUACUCCAGGCGUAACUACUAGAAUUUGGGAUGCUACACCGGCUCAUGCAAUGACACCGGGCCAUGAAACGCCUGGACAUGAAAAGUCGGUUAGACGUAAUCGUUGGGAUGAAACACCCAAAACCGAAAGAGAGACUCCCGGACACAGUGGUUGGGCCGAGACACCAAAGCCGGACAGAGGAACUAGUGACAAUGUAGUAGCUGAGUCGACACCAGGAGCUUCAAAAAGAAGAUCUCGUUGGGAUGAAACACCCUCUAAUGCUACACCUUCGGCCAUGACACCUAGCAUGACACCAAGUAUGACCCCACACGCUACUCCUGGACAUGUAACUCCUAUGUUAACACCUGGAGGUUCUACACCCAUUGGUGUAAAGGCAAUGGCCAUGGCUACACCAACUCCUGGUGCCUUAGCUGCAAUGACACCUGAACAACUACAGGCCUAUCGUUGGGAAAAAGAAAUUGAUGAAAGAAAUCGUCCCUUCACCGAUGAGGAACUUGAUCAAAUGUUCCCUCCCGGCUAUAAGAUUUUACCACCACCAGCUGGUUAUGUGCCGCUACGUACGCCAGGUCGUAAAUUGAUGGCUACUCCUACCCCCAUCGCAGGUACACCUGCUGGCUUCUUUAUUCAAGUUGAGGAUAAAAAUGCCAAGUUUAUGGACAAUCAACCAAAAGGACAAAAUUUACCAUUUAUGAAACCAGAAGAUGCACAGUACUUUGAUAAAUUGCUAGUAGAUGUUGAUGAAGAUUCUUUGUCCCCAGAGGAAAUGAAAGAGCGUAAAAUAAUGAAACUCUUGCUAACCAUCAAGAAUGGUUCUCCUCCAAUGCGUAAAUCAGCCUUAAGACAAAUUACCGAUAAGUCCAGAGAAUUUGGUGCUGGUCCUUUGUUCAAUCAAAUCUUACCACUACUUAUGUCUCCCACAUUAGAAGAUCAAGAGAGACAUCUUUUAGUUAAAGUUAUCGAUCGUGUUUUGUAUAAAUUGGAUGAUUUGGUAAGACCUUACGUUCACAAGAUUCUUGUAGUUAUUGAACCGUUGCUCAUCGAUGAAGAUUACUAUGCCCGUGUUGAAGGUCGUGAGAUUAUAUCAAAUCUUGCCAAGGCAGCUGGUUUAGCAACUAUGAUCUCUACUAUGCGUCCUGAUAUCGAUAACAUUGAUGAAUACGUACGUAACACUACCGCUCGUGCAUUUGCUGUUGUCGCCUCUGCUUUGGGUAUUCCCUCUUUAUUGCCUUUCUUAAAAGCUGUGUGUAAAUCGAAGAAAUCUUGGCAGGCUCGUCACACCGGUAUCAAAAUUGUACAACAAAUCGCCAUUCUAAUGGGUUGUGCUAUUUUGCCUCACCUUAAAGCUCUAGUAGAAAUUAUUGAACAUGGUCUAGUAGACGAACAGCAAAAAGUUCGUACCAUUACUGCUUUAGCUAUAGCUGCUUUGGCUGAAGCCGCUACUCCUUAUGGUAUUGAGUCAUUCGAUUCAGUACUAAAACCCUUGUGGAAAGGUAUUCGCACACAUCGUGGCAAAGGUUUAGCUGCCUUUUUAAAGGCUAUUGGUUAUUUGAUUCCCCUUAUGGACGCUGAAUAUGCCAACUACUAUACACGUGAAGUAAUGCUUAUUUUGAUUCGUGAGUUCCAGUCUCCUGAUGAGGAAAUGAAGAAAAUUGUGUUGAAAGUAGUGAAACAAUGUUGUGCCACCGAUGGUGUUGAAGCCCAAUAUAUUAAAGAGGAAAUUUUGCCUCAUUUCUUUAAAUUCUUCUGGAAUCAUCGUAUGGCAUUAGAUCGCCGUAAUUAUCGUCAGUUGGUGGAUACUACAGUUGAAAUAGCCAACAAAGUGGGAGCCUCAGAAAUUAUCAAUCGCAUUGUGGACGAUCUCAAAGAUGAAAACGAACAGUACCGCAAAAUGGUCAUGGAGACCAUAGAAAAAAUCAUGGGUAAUUUGGGUGCAGCAGAUAUAGAUUCUCGUCUUGAGGAGCAACUUAUUGAUGGUAUACUCUAUGCUUUCCAAGAACAAACUACUGAGGAUGUGGUAAUGUUAAACGGUUUCGGUACUAUAGUCAAUCAAUUGGGAAAGCGAGUGAAACCAUAUUUGCCACAAAUAUGCGGCACCAUACUUUGGCGUUUAAAUAACAAAUCAGCUAAAGUCAGACAGCAGGCAGCAGAUUUAAUUUCUCGCAUUGCCAUUGUAAUGAAGACUUGUCAAGAGGAAAAACUUAUGGGUCAUUUGGGUGUCGUGCUCUAUGAAUAUCUGGGCGAAGAAUAUCCUGAAGUUUUGGGUAGUAUUCUGGGAGCCCUUAAGGCAAUUGUUAAUGUCAUUGGUAUGACCAAAAUGACACCGCCCAUCAAAGAUCUUCUGCCACGUUUGACACCGAUUUUGAAGAAUCGUCAUGAAAAAGUGCAAGAAAAUUGUAUUGAUCUAGUGGGCCGUAUUGCAGAUAGAGGUCCUGAGUAUGUAUCAGCCAGAGAAUGGAUGCGUAUUUGUUUUGAACUUUUAGAGUUGUUAAAAGCGCAUAAAAAGGCAAUCCGUCGUGCCACUGUUAACACAUUUGGUUAUAUAGCCAAGGCUAUUGGUCCCCACGAUGUGCUCGCUACUUUGCUCAAUAAUCUUAAAGUACAGGAGCGUCAAAAUCGUGUUUGUACCACCGUUGCUAUAGCCAUUGUGGCCGAAACUUGUCGUCCUUUUACCGUAUUGCCAGCUCUUAUGAAUGAAUAUCGUGUCCCAGAAUUGAAUGUCCAGAACGGUGUGCUCAAAUCCCUUUCCUUUCUUUUUGAAUACAUUGGCGAAAUGGGUAAAGAUUAUAUAUAUGCUGUAUGUCCUCUUCUGGAAGAUGCUCUUAUGGACCGCGAUUUGGUACAUCGUCAAACAGCCUGUGCUGCGAUCAAACACAUGUCUUUGGGUGUUUAUGGUUUUGGUUGCGAAGAUGCUCUCGUACAUUUGCUGAAUUAUGUGUGGCCCAAUAUUUUCGAAACGUCCCCUCAUUUGGUGCAAGCUUUUAUGGAUGCUGUUGAAGGUCUGCGUGUUUCUUUGGGCCCUAUCAAAAUUUUACAAUACACCUUACAGGGAUUAUUCCAUCCUGCUCGUAAAGUACGUGAUGUCUACUGGAAGAUUUAUAAUUCUCUCUACAUUGGUGGUCAAGAUGCUUUAAUAGCUGGUUAUCCCCGCAUAACAAAUGAUCCGAAAAAUCAAUAUGAACGUUAUGAACUUGACUACACACUUUAAAGAAAGAGCUAAUAAUACAUUUACAGCAGCAUAAUUGCCGUAUUUAAAAUUUUACAUUAUACUAAUGUUUAAAACCAUUCAUAAGAUCUUAAUAAAGAAAA